GGGUCCCACGGGUCCCCCACGCCCACCGCUCCCCAGCCACCCCGGCGCCAUGAGGCCAUCGACUACCGCCCGCAGUUGCGCCCCGCACGAUCCCUGGAGGGGCCUCCUGUCGCUCACCUUGGCUCUGUUGGUGGGCUUGGGUCAGGCCCAGAGUGACCCCCUGGGGAGAUACGAGCCAGCCGGCAGGGAUGCGCAUCGGCUGCGGCGCCCCGGGGGCGGCCACCCCGCCUCGGCUGCGGCCAAGGUGUACAGUCUGUUCCGGGAGCAGGACGCGCCGGUGCCCGGCUCGCCGCCCGCCGAGAGGACCCAGCCGGGCCGGGCGAGCCCCAGGAGGCCCACCGAGGCGGAGGCCAGGAGGCCGCCCCGCGCGCACCAGCCACCUGCGCCGACUUGGAGAAGCGGUCCCCGGGGCCAGCGGCAACCCGCAGCCCGGGCUCGGGACGCGCAGGCGGCGGCGUCGCGUCUCGGGAGCCCGCAGCUGCCCGGGGCUGCACCGCGAGCGCGGCUCACCGGGAGGAAUGUCUGCGGGGGACAGUGCUGCCCGGGCUGGACGACAGCAAACAGCACCAACCACUGUAUCAAACCCUUAUGCCAGCCACCGUGCCAGAACCGGGGCUCCUGCAGCCGGCCUCAGCUGUGCAUCUGCCGCUCUGGCUUCCGUGGGGCCCGCUGCGAGGAGGUCAUUCCUGAGGAGGAAUUCGAUCCUCAGAACGCCAGGCCAGGACCCCGACGCUCAGCCGAGGGGGUGCCCACCGCACGCGGGAGCAGCACGGCCAGAGGAAGCCCCGUGGCCAGAACGCAGCCACUGGCCCGGCCACCAUCGCCAGCAGGGACGCUGAGUGGCCUCAGCAGGACACGGACCCCACAGCAGCACAUGGGGCCGUCCAGGACCGUCCGCCGUUAUCCAGCCAUGGCUGCCAAUGGCCAGCUGACUUCCAAUGCCUUGCCUGCGGGACUUGGACUUGAGCAAAGAGAUGUCCCCCAGCAGGCAGCACACGUGGACCACCUCUCACCCACCUGGGGGCUGAAUCUCACGGAGAAAAUCAAGAAGAUUAAGAUUGUCUUCACGCCUACCAUCUGCAAGCAGACAUGUGCCCAUGGGCGCUGUGCCAACAGCUGUGAGCGGGGCGACACAACUACUCUGUACAGCCAAGGUGGCCACGGGCAUGACCCCAAGUCCGGCUUUCGCAUCUACUUCUGCCAGAUCCCCUGCCUGAGCGGAGGCCGCUGCAUUGGCCGGGAUGAGUGCUGGUGUCCGGCCAACUCCACAGGGAAGUUCUGCCACCUUCCUGUACCUCAGCCAGACAGGGAGACUCCGGGAAGGGGUUCACAUCACAGGGUCCUGCUGGAAAGCCCCCUGAAGCAAUCCACCUUCAUGUUGCCUCUCUCCAACCAGCUGGCCUCUGUGAACCCCUCCUUGGUGAAGGUGCACAUUCGCCACCCACCGGAAGCCUCCGUGCAGAUUCACCAGGUCGCACGGGUGCGGGGCGGGGCUGAAGCCGCGCGGGAGGAGAACAGCGUGGAGAUCCGAGCCCUCCCCGGGCCCCCCAACAUCCCCGGCCACAGCCUCUGGGACAGCAACAUCAUCCCCGCUGGGGCCGGAGAGCUCCCGAAGCCACCACGCCCGGCGGUGCCCAGGCAUCAGGGACUCCUGGGCCGGUGUUACCUGAGUGCGGUGAAUGGGCAGUGUGCGGACCCCCUGCUGGAGCUGACUGCUCAGGAGGACUGCUGUGGCAGUGUGGGGGCCUUCUGGGGGGCGACCUCAUGUGCUCCGUGCCCGCCCAGACCAGCCUCCCCAGUGAUUGAAAAUGGCCAGCUGGAGUGUCCCCAUGGGUACAAGAGACUGAACCUUACUCACUGCCAAGAUAUCAAUGAGUGCUUGACCCUGGGCCUGUGCAAGGACUCAGAAUGCGUGAACACCAGGGGCAGCUACCUAUGCACCUGUGGACCUGGCCUCAUGCUGGACCCAUCACGGAGUCGCUGUGUAUCGGACAAAGCCAUCUCCAUGCAGCAGGGACUGUGUUACCGCUCACUGGGGCUUGGCACCUGCACCCUGCCCUUGGCCCAGCGGAUCACCAAGCAGAUAUGCUGCUGCAGUCGUGUGGGCAAAGCCUGGGGAAGCCAGUGUGAGAAAUGCCCCCUGCCUGGCACAGAGGCCUUCAGAGAAAUCUGUCCUGCCGGCCAUGGCUAUACCUACUCAAGUUCAGACAUCCGCCUGUCCAUGAGGAAAGCGGAGGAGGAGGAACUGGCCAGGCCCUCGAGGGAGCAGGCACAGAGGAGCAGUGGACCCCCGUCUGGGCUAGCAGAAAGACAGCCACUCCGAGCCGCCACGGACACCUGGCUUGAGGCUGGGCCCAUCUCGGACAAGGGUGGCUCUCAGACUGUCCAGGUCACAACCAGUGUUACCCACCUACCUGCCUGGGUCCCAGGGGAUGCCUCUGGGAGAUCAACACCACCACUGCCUGGACAGAGGAUCCCAGAGAUUCCAGAGGAGCAAGUGACCCCUUCCACUGAUGCGCUGGUGACCUUGGAUCCACCAGAUGACAAUGAAUGUCUGAGGGACCCCUGUGCGGGAAGAGGACGCUGUGUCAGCAGUGGGGGCUCCCACACCUGCUUAUGCUACCCUGGCUACACACUGACCACCUCAGGGGCCACGCAGGAGUGCCAAGAUAUAGACGAGUGUGAGCAGCCAGGGGUGUGCAGCGGGGGCCAGUGCAGCAACACCGAGGGCUCGUACCACUGUGAGUGUGAUCGGGGCUACGUCAUGGUCAGGAGCGGGCAGUGCCAAGAUAUCAAUGAAUGCCAACACCCUGGCACCUGCCCUGAUGGGAGAUGCGUCAACUCGCCCGGCUCCUACACUUGUCUGGCCUGUGAGGCGGGCUACAGGGCUCAGAGCGGGGAUUGUGUAGACGUGAACGAGUGUCUAACUCCCGGAGUCUGUGCCCAUGGGACGUGCACCAACCUGGAAGGUUCCUUUCGAUGUUCUUGUGACCAGGGCUAUCAGGUCACCCCGGAUGAAAAAGGGUGCCAAGAUGUGGAUGAGUGUGCCAGCCGGACCUCGUGCCCCUCGGGCCUGUGCCUCAACACCGAGGGCUCUUUCACCUGCUCAGCCUGUCAGAGUGGGUACUGGGUGAACGAAGAUGGCACUGCCUGUGAAGAUCUGGAUGAGUGCACCUUCCCUGGAGUCUGCCCUGCAGGAGUCUGUGCCAACACUGUGGGAUCCUUCUCCUGCAAGGACUGUGGGACAGGCUUCCGGCCCAGCCCUCUGGGCCGCACCUGUGAAGAUGUGGAUGAGUGUGAAGACCCGAAGAACAGCUGCCUGGGAGGCGAGUGCAAGAAUACGGUGGGCUCCUACCAGUGCCUCUGUCCCCGGGGUUUCCAGCUGGCCAAUGGCACCUUAUGUGAGGAUGUGGACGAAUGUGUGGGGGAGGAGUUCUGUGCACCCCACGGCGAGUGCCUCAAUAGCCACGGGUCCUUCUUCUGUCUCUGCGCACCCGGCUUUGUCAGCGCGGAGGGAGGCACCAGCUGCCAGGAUGUGGACGAGUGUGCAGCCUCAGACCCAUGUCUGGGAGGGCAGUGUGUCAACACAGAAGGCUCCUUCAACUGUCUGUGUGAAGCUGGCUUCCAGCCCUCCCCAGAGAGUGGGGAGUGUGUGGAUAUUGACGAGUGUGAGGACCACGGAGACCCAGUGUGCGGCGCCUGGAGGUGUGAGAACAGCCCUGGCUCCUACCGCUGUGUGCAGGUCUGCCAGCCCGGGUUCUACCUGGCCCCUACCGGAGACUGCAUUGACAUAGACGAGUGCGCCAACGACACUGUCUGUGGGAGUCACGGCUUCUGUGACAACACGGACGGCUCCUUCCGCUGCCUCUGUGACCAGGGCUUUGAGACCUCACCCUCGGGCUGGGACUGUGUGGAUGUGAACGAGUGCGAGCUCAUGCUGGCGGUGUGCGGGAAUGCGCUCUGCGAGAAUGUGGAAGGGUCCUUCCUCUGCCUGUGCGCCAGUGACCUCCAGGAGUACGAUGCCCAGGAGGGGCAGUGCCGUCCUCGGGGGGCUGGAGCUCAGAGCAUCCCUGAGGCCCCAACUGGAGGCCAGGCCCCAGGCCCCAUCCGCAUGGAAUGUUACUCCAGUCACAGUGGUAGUCCUCCCUGCUCCAGCAUCCUGGGCCACAACUCUACACGGGCUGAGUGUUGCUGCACUCAGGGCCAUGGGUGGGGAGAUGCCUGUGAUCUUUGCCCAUCUGAGGACUCAGUCGAAUUCAGUGAACUCUGCCCCAGUGGACAAGGGUACAUCCCUGUGGAAGAAGCCUGGACAUUCGGACAGACCAUGUACACAGAUGCCGACGAGUGCGUGCUGUUCGGACCCGCUCUCUGCCAGAAUGGCCGGUGCCUCAACACAGUGCCCGGCUAUCUCUGCCUGUGCAAUCCUGGCUAUCACUACGACGCCUCCAGCAAGAAGUGUCAGGAUCACAACGAGUGCCAGGACAUGGCCUGUGAGAACGGAGAGUGCGUGAACACAGAAGGCUCGUUCCACUGCUUCUGCAGUCCCCCCCUCACUCUGGACCUCGGUGGGCAGCGCUGUGUAAAUAGCACCGGCCACUUGGAGGACUUCCCCGAUCAUGACAUCCACAUGGACAUCUGCUGGAAGAAAGUCACCAAUGAUGUGUGCAGCCAGCCUCUGCGCGGCCAUCACACCACCUAUACCGAAUGCUGCUGUCAGGAUGGCGAAGCUUGGAGCCAGCAGUGUGCUCUGUGUCCCCCCAGGAACUCUGAGGUCUACGCUCAGCUGUGUAAUGUGGCCAGGAUCGAGGCUGAGCGGGAGGCCGGGGUCCACUUCCGGCCAGGCUAUGAGUAUGGCCCUGGCCCAGAUGACCUGCACUACAGCCUCUAUGGCCCAGAUGGACCCCCCUUUUACAACUACCUGGGCCCUGAGGAAAAUGUCCCUGAGCCCCCCUUCUCCAACAUGGCCAGCCAGCCAGGGGGCGCCACACCGGUCCUCGAGUCUCCUCUGCAGCCUUCUGAACUUCAACCCCGCUAUGUGGCCAGCCAUCCAGAGCCGCUGGCCGCCUUCGAAGGGCUUCAGGCCGAGGAGUGCGGCGUCCUGAACGGCUGUGACAACGGGCGCUGCGUGCGGGUGCGGGAGGGCUACACCUGCGAGUGCUUCCAGGGCUUCCAGCUGGAUGCCGCCCACAUGGCCUGCGUGGAUGUCAACGAGUGCGAUGACGUGUACGGACCUGCCGCGCUGUGCGCCCACGGGCACUGCGAGAACACGGAGGGUUCCUAUCGCUGCCACUGCUCCCCAGGUUAUGUGGCCGAGCCGGGCCCCCCACACUGUGCUGCCAAGGAGUAGCGGCAAGGGGUCAGCGUGGACAGCUACCUGGGAAUGGCUUCCAGCCACAGGCGAGGGGCUUGAGGAUGCUUUCCUAGCUGGGAAGACACCAUGACGACAUCGGGUCAGGGCCCUGCAGCCCAGGUCUGUCAGCCUUGCCUGCUUCUCUCGCUCCGGCUUAAGCUCUGGCUGAGCCUCCAGGCCGCCACUGGGCUCCGACGCCACAAAUUGCUUUCAUGCUUAAGCACCGGCCACGAGGUGCAGCCCACCAGCUGCUCGCGAGGCCCCACCGUGGGCUGCUCGUGGACCGCAGCCACCAGCCACGCCCUCGGGCCGUGCAAACGUGUAGGGCCCGCGGCCUCAGCCCUUUCCAGCUAUGAUCCACUAAUCCUCCUGAGGAGUCCACAACUGGCACCGAAGCUGUGUCUGCCCCGGGAUGGUCUUUCACAGCGUGUGAAGCGAGAGAGGGUUUGGAAGAGUCGGGGACGGUCCAGUGCCACCCCUCGGAAGGAAGAAUCCCCGCCGCCCGGCAAGUCUAGUGCGGCCCUGACUUUGCUACGUUUCCAUCUCGUAGCCAGUUGUGGCCCCAAAGGAAGGAAGGGAGAUUCCCUCAUCUCAGAGGGGGAAGACUGAUGAUAGCUUGCUGAAUGUAAGAAACACGAGUGAAGAGGAACAGUGAGCCUGAGAAAGCAGACGAAUGUGGGGAGUUGACAUAACAGGGGGAGCCAAGGCUUUAUACGUGCCUGAAGAAAACAUUCAGAAGCGUUGGGCAAAUAAGUAUUCAAAAAUCUACUCAGCACCCCUGUGCACCACCCAUAAGAGCUGCCCCAUGAUAAAGUGCCCAUCUCCAGAGACAUUUCUUAAAUACGUAUGCUUCCUGCAGGAAACAGAUCUCUUCUGGGCUUCUCUUUUUGUAAAAACCAAGUUGAUGAGCUAACAUUAAAAGGGGGCCUGUUUUCUGGUUUGGUCAUGUGCAGAGGAAGCCACAUCUCCAGUGCUGUUUUUCUUCUCUACUCAGAAGUCCCUGUCCUCUUUCCCUUCAGAAAACACACGUUUGGAACCCCUCUGCAAGAUGCCCUUUAACAUAAGCUACCUGGGAGAUCAGAACCACAGUGGAAUAAAGACAUGAACAUCCGGCCUUUUGUUCUUGUUUUUACCACCUAUUAGAACAGUUCUAUCAUGUUGGUUCAGUCUAAAGAUUAGUGAUGAGACUGCCUGUCCCAUGUCUUCUGCCACAGGCUCAAUGGGAAAAGCUACAAUAGCAAGGCAAGGCAAACUCCGACUGCAUUUUCUGACAAGGCUACAUGUGACUGAAGAUGGCGAUGAAUGCUACUUUCUUAAUUUAAUCUGUCCAGUCCUACCUGCUGCUUUGAUUGUCAGCCAUCAUAUAAUUUAUUGAAUGCUUGCCACAUACCAGGCACUGUAUUGAGUGCUGUGCAUAAAUUUCAUUUAAUCAUCCAAUAAUACUGCUUAGUAUUUUUAUUCCCAAUUUACAGGUGAGAAGAUUGAGAUAUAGAAAGCUUUAAUGAUUUUCUUUACGUCAGUACACUAGUUGAGGUAUUUUACAAGGUCCCGCAGUUUCCUCCCCAACACUAAAAAUAAAUAAAAUAAAAUGCAAAUCACAAUGAAGGUGAUUUUUAUAAAGUUGAAAAGUUUUCUCAUCCUGCCAAGUGGCGAGCUCCUGGGGAAACAGACCCUCAUGAUCACUGAUGGGAACAUUGACUGGUACACCUUCAAGAGCUCAGUGUGAAGGUACAAAACCCUAACAGGUGCCAACCGAUCCAAUAAUCCCACUUCUAGAAACUUCACCUUCAGAUACAGUUUCGUCAAAUGUGAAAUGACAUAUGUAAGAGACCAUUUAUUACAGCAUUAUUUUUUUAUAGUAAGAUUAGAAACGAUUUCUACGAGACCCUUCAAAAAGCAGCAGCUCUCAACACCCUGGUAAGAAGGUCACCCAAGCAGAUUGAGGAGGAGGAGGCUAUGGAAUAGCAUGUAAGAAACGCCGUUGCUUGCGUAAAGGAAGUGGACAGCUGUUAGCCUCAUCCCUGCGGCUCCCCUUACGUCCAUCCUUCAGAGAACACAUUAUCACUCAACAUACCCUGUCCCCAGGUCCCUCUCUUGUCUUCCUACUUAUUCUUGCAAGCACAUGCACAUACUGUCUUUUAUUGACAGCUCAGAUACAUGCUAUGCAUACUGUUCUGCACUUUGCUUUCAUCAUUUUUCUUCUAAGGUGGGGUCUCACUCUGUAGCCCAGGGUGGCCUAGGAUGCGUGAGGCCCCCAGCCUUUGUCUCCAGAGUGCUGAGAUUACGGAUGUGUGCCACCAUAACUAGCUACUUCUUCCCUUCAUACUUGCACAUGAAGUGCUGUCCGAUAUUGCCUAGAGUUGGAGCACACACCUGUAAUGCCAGCAUUCAGAAAGCUGAGGCAGGAGGAUCAUUUAUUUUAGGAUAGACUGAGCUAUAUAGUGAGACCCUGUCUCAAAAUAAAAAGCUGCCUCAUCAUAAGUUUUAUGGCUGUGCUCUGUUGAAUGGAUAAACCGUAAUAACUGGUCCCUCACUGACAGAAAUUCCCAUUGUCUCCCAUUCCUUGUUAAUAAUGCUAUAGUGAAUACUCUUGUGCAUGUGUUAUUUUGUUAUAUCUAUGGGAUCAUAUCUCUGGGAUAAACAAAGAACAAUAUGGCUUAUGGGGAGGGUGGCAAGGUUGGUAAAUAAAAUAUCGAGAGAUGGUUUCACUAUUA